GUCACAUCCUCAUUCCCAAAAUCAAGAAACAGAACAAGUCCAUACCCUUUUGUUCAAAAAAAAAAAAAGAACAAGUCCAUACCCCACUUUUGUCUUCUUCCAUGGAGUCUUCUCUUGUUCUCCCUUCUCAAUGGUCUAACCUUCCUUUAGACCUUCUUGAGUUGAUCUCCGACUCCGAUUACGUUAACGAAUGCUCAUCAGACACCGUCGAUCUCCUCCGUCUCCGCUCUGUAUGUUCCACGUGGCGUCGCUCUCUUCCUCUAUCCAACAAAAAUCCUUUGUCUAAAUUUCCACCUCUCCUCCCUUUUUGGUCAUCUUCACCUUCUGGCUUCUUCAUUCUGAAACAGAGCAGUGUUUACAAACUCGAAGCUCAUCCCACAAGCUGGUUGGUGAAGCUUCAGGAGAUAUCUCCAGGGACAAUGCGAGUCUUGGAUCUCUUCUCAAACGACAGACUCCGUUUCUUACCAGAGAACUUCCCGGAAAAAGUCGAUCUGCGGGAAUCUCAUGUGAGGUUGGUCCGCAGAGCUUACCGUGUGGAGUACGCAAACAGAGGUGGUGGCGAGAUGUCUUCUUUCUGGUCACUGAGCUCCGACAAAGUUGUGGUCCUGUCUUCACGGGAACACUCAGCGGUCAUAGCUAUCCACAGCGGUGGAAAGCUAGGAUUCUUGAAAAACGGAGACGAUGAAAUAUGGAAGAUCUUGGAUAACUCGUGGAACGUGACUUACGAGGACAUAAUAACGUACGGAGAGAACUGCAUCGUCGUGGACGAUAAGGGCAAAACCGUAAUUUACGAUGUGGAGUUCAAGGUGUCCGAUUUGGCUGAAGGUUUAGCGGGAGGAGGCGGGCACAAGAAGCAUCUUGUGGAAUGUUACGGCGGAGAAGUAUUGCUUGUGGACAAAUACGUGAAACACGUUUGGUGCAAGUCGGAGUUUUCGAAGUCUGCGGUGGAGUUUAGAGUGUAUAAGCUGAAGAGAGAAGAGAAGAGAUGGGAAGAGGUGAGGGAGCUGGGAAGAGAUGUGGCUCUGUUUGUAGGAGAAGGUUGUUCUUUCUCCGUUGAGAUUACGGACGGUGAUUUGGCGGGAGGAGGUUGUAUAUUUUAUAGAGAUUAUAGGAAUGGAGGAAGAAGCAGAGGGGUUUACAGUGAUGGUGAUGGCGUUUUCAAUAUGGAGUUAAAAGACGCGGGGAAGUUUUGGGUUUCAUACUAAGCCCAAAUGUUUAGGCCCAUUAUAUGUUUGGGCUUAUUAGAACAUGAAAUAAUUGUGGAAGCUGUUGAUUCAUGAUUUUACUUUUUUUUUGUUUUUUUUGGAACACUUCGAUUCAUGAUUGUACAUUUUCAUAAGGUAUUUGAGUGUCCAAGUAUUUUUUUCCUCUCUUAAAUAUAGAUUUUAAGACAUGAAAUGUAUAAUUAAUAGCUUAGAUACUUACAAAAUGUACACAAAACACCAUGAUAUUCAUCCAAAGUUUUGGAUCGGUUCGAGUAUUUUACGAGUUUCGAUUUGAGCUGGGUAUAACCCAAAAAAUAAAAUUGAACCAAAAUGAACCAAAACUGAAUUUGAAAUCAUACAAAUAACCCAAAGAUAAAAGGUAAAAUUUUGCUAAAUUCAAAUUUCGUCCUUUAUUUAAAAAAAAUAAUAUUAAAACGCGAGAGAAAUCGCCCUAAUUUCUCCAGGAGGCGGCGCGACGGAUUAUUCGAGUUUUUUUUUUUUUUUGCGAUGAA